GGAUGCUAUUUUUUUCUUUUUGUUUUUGUAUUUUUUAGUGAAUAAGAUUUAAAAACACACAUAUUACGACAUUUGACCGUUUUUUCAGAAGAGCCACUAUUCUGAGCAUUUACCAAAACCGAUGUUAUAGUAACGAAUAUUAAAGCGCCUUAAUAAUGUGCUGAACGCAUUCACCAGCUGUGUUUAGUGAGCACUAAAGUGCUGUUGGGCGCACCAGCAUAAAAACAUAUGAAAACCAAAUCUAGAAAAAUUAAAUUGGAAGAUAUCUCAGAAAAAUGGUCGAUCCGAAUAGAAAAAUAAACCGUCUAGUAGAAAGGGACGUAGACUUCCUUGAGUCGUGCGAAAUCGAGUUUGCAGAUCGCUUCACAGACGACGAUCCGGAGUUUAUGGCACACUGCAGCAAACCUCUGCCAGAACCGCCAAUUGUGGAGAACUGGAUAGGCGGAGGGGGCGGCGGUGGUGGAGGAGGUGGUGGUUUCUCCGGCGGAGGAGGUGGUGGCGGCCACCGGUACAGUCCCUACAACGGACAUCGCCGGGGAGGAGGCGACAGGGGAUGGCAGCGAAGAGGAGGAGCCGGAUACCACAACCACAACCAAGACAGAGGCUUCAGGGACAACCGUCGGAACAACAGAUUCGAGCACAGGGACCGCCGGGAUCGUAAUGAAGGAGGCGGAGGGUCGGGCGCUGGUGGCUACAAGCGUUCCCACGACCAUAAUCAGCGCAACGACCGUCGGGAUCGCUAUGAAGGAGGCGGAGGAUUGGGCUCUGGAUCUGGGGGCUACAAGCGCUCCCACGACCACAAUCAGCGCAAUGAUCCUCCUAACGAGCCGCCCAUGAAGGUCAGACGCGACUAUGGAAACUUUGUGCCUGCAUCAAAGGAUUAGUCAUCAAAAGUAGCUUAAAUAAAAAUACUCUUUUUAAAUUACAAUCAAA